CACUCAGAUGAUAUUCACAUGGUAUUUCGCACAGAGGCGGCUGCUCGAGAGGAGGGCACCCACCCCCACCUCAAUAUAAGCCUGUUUUUCCUUCCUUUCUCCCCCCCUUUCUCGUUGGAAAGACAAAAUGUGCACGGUGAUAGGUGGGGUGAACUGAUGGCAUCCUCCCUGUUACCCCGCCGGUCCGUUUCUUAAGAGCCCCUUUUGGGGAGGCGACAGAACGUGAUUCUGUGGGCGCAGAUACCCCGAUGGUGGCUUGCUCAGAGGGGAAAAGCAGAGAGGGAAGCGGGAUCCGUCCUGUGCAAUCUCUAUUGUUUGAAACUUACUUUGUAUCAGAAAGUGAAGAUGAGCACGGAAAAGAAAUGGAGCAAGUUCAGUAGCUAUCCACUCUAACAUCUUAAUGAUUUCUUAAGGAAUCUUACAACACUUAUUUUGAAUUGAGAAAAUGACUGCAGAUAUAGAAGAAAGUUGUUGGAAAAGAAUACCUGUUAAAAAGUGGAACAUCCAAUAGUAUAAAAUAAAUAUACUUGUUAUGGUGCAAUUCUGGAGUGGAGUUAACCUUAUAGCACACAGGUAGUCCUCCAAGGAGAGAGAGGAAAAAAAAAGCUUUCUGUUUUUCUAAAUUAUGGAAAUUUUUUGGAAGACGUGGACAUGGAUUCUGAGCCUAGUCAUGGUUUCAUCGGCAUUUCACAGUGACAGCAGGCUUUCAUAUAGUUCUCAAGAGGAAUUCCUGUCUUACCUUGAACACUACCAACUAACAAUCCCAAUAAGAGUUGAUCAAAAUGGAGCCUUCCUCAGCUUUACUGUGAAAAAUGUUAAACCCUCAAGAAGGAGGAGGAGCACAGACCCUUAUGACCAAGAGCUGGCAGCAUCUAAAUUAUUUUUUAAACUUUCUGCCUAUGGCAAGCACUUUCAUUUAAACCUGACUCUCAACACAGAUUUGGUGUCCAGACAUUUUACAGUGGAAUACUGGGGGAAAGAUGGUCCUCAGUGGAAGCACGAUUUUUUAGACCACUGUCAUUACACAGGAUAUUUGCAAGACCAACACACUACAACUAAAGUGGCCUUAAGCAACUGCAAUGGUCUGCAUGGAGUUAUUGCUACAGAAGAUGAAGAAUAUUUUAUUGAGCCUUUAAAGAAUAUAACAGCUAAUUCAAGUAACUUCAGUUAUGAGAAUGGUCAUCCCCAUGUCAUAUACAAAAAAUCUACCAUGCGCCAGCAACUUCUGUAUGAUCAUAGUCAUUGUGGAGUCUCAGAAGACCUCACAAGAAGCAGUAGACCUUGGUGGAUGAGUGAUGGAUCUGCUUUUCCAGCUUCACUUCCUAUCAAUGACACAUUAAGUAGUCAUAGUCGACAGAAGAGAUCAGUAAGCCUUGAGCGGUUUGUGGAGACGCUGGUAGUAGCAGACAAAAUGAUGGUGGGAUAUCAUGGCCGCAAAGACAUUGAGCACUACAUUUUGAGUGUAAUGAAUAUUGUUGCCAAACUUUAUCGUGAUUCCAGUCUAGGAAACGUAGUGAAUAUAAUAGUGACACGUUUAAUAGUCCUCACUGAAGAUCAGCCAAACUUGGAGAUAAACCACCAUGCAGACAAGUCCCUCGAUAGCUUCUGUAAGUGGCAGAAAUCCAUUCUCUCCCACCAAAGUGAUGGAAACACCAUUCCAGAAAAUGGGAUUGCCCACCAUGAUAAUGCGGUUCUUAUUACUAGAUACGAUAUCUGCACUUACAAGAACAAACCAUGUGGAACUCUGGGCUUGGCCUCUGUGGCUGGAAUGUGUGAGCCUGAAAGGAGCUGCAGCAUUAAUGAAGACAUUGGCCUAGGUUCAGCUUUUACCAUUGCACAUGAGAUUGGUCACAAUUUUGGCAUGAACCAUGAUGGAAUAGGAAAUUCCUGUGGGACCAAAGGUCACGAAGCAGCAAAACUAAUGGCAGCUCAUAUUACAGCAAACACCAAUCCUUUCUCUUGGUCAGCCUGCAGUCGGGAUUAUAUCACCAGUUUUUUAGAGGAUCUAUUUGCCUGUGGCCAAAGUUCGGGCCGUGGUACUUGCCUUGAUAAUGAGCCUCCCAAGCGUGACUUUCUUUAUCCAGCUGUGGCCCCAGGUCAGGUGUAUGAUGCUGAUGAACAAUGUCGCUUCCAGUAUGGAGCAACAUCCCGCCAAUGUAAAUAUGGGGAAGUGUGUAGAGAGCUCUGGUGUCUCAGCAAAAGUAACCGCUGUGUUACCAACAGUAUUCCAGCAGCUGAAGGUACUCUUUGCCAAACAGGAAGCAUUGAAAAGGGGUGGUGUUACCAGGGAGAGUGCGUACCUUUUGGCACUUGGCCCCAGAGUAUAGAUGGGGACUGGGGUCCAUGGUCAAUAUGGGGAGAGUGCAGCAGGACCUGUGGUGGAGGAGUCUCCUCAUCAAUAAGACACUGUGACAGUCCAGCGCCUUCAGGUGGAGGCAAAUAUUGUCUUGGAGAAAGGAAGAGAUAUCGCUCCUGCAAUACUGAUCCGUGUCCUGCAGGGGCCCGUGACUUUCGAGAAAAACAAUGUGCAGACUUUGACAACAUGCCUUUCCGCGGAAAGUAUUAUAACUGGAAACCCUACACUGGAGGUGGGGUUAAACCAUGUGCAUUAAACUGCUUGGCUGAAGGUUAUAAUUUUUACACUGAACGUGCUCCUGCAGUAAUAGAUGGGACUCAGUGCAAUGCUGACUCACUGGAUAUCUGUAUCAAUGGAGAAUGCAAGCAUGUAGGUUGUGAUAAUAUUUUGGGGUCUGAUGCUAAGGAAGAUAGAUGUCGUGUUUGUGGAGGAGAUGGAAGUACAUGUGAAGCUAUUGAAGGUUUCUUCAAUGAUUCAUUGCCCAGAGGAGGCUACAUGGAAGUGAUUCAAAUACCAAGAGGUUCAGUGCACAUUGAAAUAAGAGAAGUGGCAGUGUCCAAGAACUAUAUUGCUCUAAAAUCUGAAGAGGACGACUACUAUAUUAAUGGUGCCUGGACUAUUGACUGGCCAAGAAAGUUUGAUGUUGCUGGAACAGCUUUUCAUUACAAGAGGCCGACAGAUGAACCAGAAUCUCUGGAAGCACUAGGCCCUACUUCGGAAAAUCUCAUAGUCAUGAUUCUGCUACAGGAACAAAAUUUGGGUAUAAGGUAUAAAUUCAAUGUUCCCAUCUCUCGCACUGGCAGUGGAGACAAUGAAGUUGGCUUUGCGUGGAAUCAUCUGCCUUGGUCAGAAUGUUCUGCCACAUGUGCUGGAGGUGUGCAGAAACAAGAGGUGGUGUGUAAAAGGCUGGAUGACAACUCUGUUGUACAAAACAAUUAUUGUGACCCUGACAGUAAGCCUCCAGAAAACCAAAGAGCCUGCAACACUGAGCCUUGCCCACCUGAAUGGUUUAUAGGAGAUUGGUCAGAAUGCAGUAAGACCUGUGAUGGAGGAGUGCGUUCACGAACAGUUCUCUGUAUCAGAAAGAUUGGACCUUCUGAGGAAGAGACACUGGACAAUACCAACUGUUUAACACACCGGCCUAUUGAGAAAGAGCCCUGUAACAAUCAGUCCUGUCCCCCACAGUGGGUCGCUUUGGACUGGUCAGAAUGCACACCAAAAUGUGGCCCCGGAUUUAAACACCGAAUUGUUCUGUGCAAAAGCAGCGAUCUUUUAAAAACUUUUCCAGCUGCUCAAUGCCAAGAGGAGAGCAAACCUCCAGUCCGCAUCCGCUGUAGUUUAGGUCGAUGCCCUCCUCCUCGCUGGGUUACUGGAGACUGGGGACAGUGUUCUGCACAGUGUGGUCUUGGGCAACAGAUGCGAACAGUACAGUGCCUCUCAUAUACCGGACAAGCAUCCAGUGAUUGUUCAGAAACACAUAGACCUCCAUCAAUGCAGCAGUGUGAAAGUAAAUGUGACAGUACUCCCAUUUCCAACACAGAAGGGACCCACUUCUUCCAUGGAAAAAUUUUGGGAUUCGUGGUAUUCCAGAUGGACUUCUGCUCCUUGACCUGCAGUCUAAGUUGGCCAGCUCCGUACUGACAGCCAUAUAGCCUCAUUAGCACUGUACUUUACUUGAGCUAAUAAAAUCUAUGAGGAAUUAAGAGGAAGAAGAUACAGUACAGUCUUUACCAGUAGAUAUGUUCUCAGCAGUCACAUUGCCACUUGGCACCUUGUUUUUGUUUCACAUAGAUGGUAUUUACUGGAAGCCACUGAUUAUUUCUAAGUGGUUAAGUGGCUCAAGUGGCUCAAGUAAAUGCAGUCUCAGAGUUCACUUAAGAAUCUGAAAUAUCUGUAUCCUUUCAAAAGAACCGAGCUGCAUGAACUACUAAGAGUGACUUAUCCCAAAAUACAGCAAAAAAAGUGUAUUCAAGAUAUUUUUUUCAAUAUUUUUGCAAUAUUUUAUUCAAUAUUAUUCAAUAUUUUUGCACAUAUUUUAAGUAUAUACCCUCACUUAUUAAUGUUUUCGAGCUACUAUUAAAUAUGGAAUAUAAGAAGCACAAACUGUAUUUGCAAAAUAGUAUGCACGUAUUGCACAUUUUCUGCUUAUACAUUUGGUCUUAAAAAUCCUUAGACAACAGAGAAGCUGACAUCUCUUGUGUUAGUAAGGUCAUACCCUUUAGGCAGCGAAGCAUAUCUUUUUUGGCGUACUAGAGAUAAUAGAAAGCUGCUAGGAUUUCAAGAACUGACUAAUUCUAAAGAGUACAAUGGAUCUCAGAUCUUUUAAAAAUAAAAUCUGGUCUUUCAGAAACAUAAGGAGUUUUCAUGUAUCUAGUGUAUCUUUGUAUUUCAUUUUCAUGUACCAGGUGUAGCAGUGUUUGUUAUUGUUUUUUUUUUUUCCAUUUAAUAUGAUGUGUUGAUCAUGAUCUAAGCAAGAAGUAUUUGAGUGCUGGUAUUUCCUUGCCAAUGAUGUUUGUGAAAAGGGCACUCUAUGCCUUUAUGUAUGCUUCUGUUUCUCUUUAGGUACAAUAGGUUGUGUACUUUGUGCCUGUAUUUUGAGCUUCAGGGAAGGAAGGUUCUUCCCCUUGGGACUGCAUGUACAUAGCAGAGCAUAUAUGUUUGCACAUAGGGCCUUUGUCCACAUGCUACCCACUAGCACUAUCUUGUGCUUUGGGUCCCACUGUAGGAAAGAGUUACCUUCGGCCACUUAAUCAAUGGUUUGCAGUUGAGAGGAUUACUUUUCCAUUUAAAAACUUGUCAUGGUUUCAUAGUUGUUCUAACCCAAGGUAAAAAUGUACAUAUUCUUCAGGAAGGUUGAGUUGCUCCACUGUAUAUUGAUAAUUUUGGUCCAGCUUGGAAGCACUUUCUUGGGGAAAGUGUAGGUUGUUUACAUAAAAUAAUAGUAAAAAUUUUAAGGGUAUAGUAUUAGUAAAAUAAAACUAAGAUAUAUCUUGUGACACUACAAAACAUCUCCUUUAGCUCUUUUUUUCACUAAACUCUUUGUUGGACAUUUAGAGUAUUGUAGACAAGGUUUUGAAGCAAACAUUGUAGCUUUACAUUUGCUCUAUAGGCAGCAUGUAACACGAUUUGAAAUUUAUUCACAAUGAUUUUAUUUUCUAAGUCUGCUGAAUCUAGACUCCAGAAGGCCUCUUGAAACUUUACCUGAUAAACAAUAUAAUCCAAUCUUACGUUAUUUCGGUUCCCUUGUAUUUUGUGCAGUAUGCCUUUACAACCUCUCUAGUUUAGAAGGCACAGUGACAUCCUGUGAUUUUAUUACUUUCAUGUGAUACAUGGUAUUAUAAUGUUGUCUGAUCUGACCACAACAUUCAGGAAAGAAGACAUUAAUAUAUGUAGUUUAUUGCAAUUUACUGACAGUAGUUACUAGUAACAAAAAAUAUUCUGCUGACCCUCUUCCAUUCAACCACAGUGAAAAAUAUGCUUCUUUGUGACCCACCAUAUCUAUUUCAAAACUGAUUUUUAAAACACAAUCUGUGGGCACCAUCCAGGAUAUUGUCUCACUUCUGUCCAAAAGGCAGUGGCUGAACAGUGUCCAGAUUAGUCAAGAGGAAGAAAAGUGUAAAGAAAUAUGAAAUAGGAUCAUUCCAAAUCCUACUUUUAGCAAAAAAUGCAUUUAGCAGCUUUACCUGUAUUUAACUAAAAGCAAUAUGUAUGAGAUUAAGAUUUUGUGAGCUUUUACAUCUCAUCACGAUCAAGCAGACCUUUUUAUUCCUCACUUUGUUAAUAAUUCACUGUCUCUCCUAUGUUCUCAGUCUUCAUAAACAUGGAGACUGAAAUACUUCUGGAAUAUAUUUGUCCUCUUUUGAGAAGAGGUUUCAAAAUAAAACAGUGACUGGGUGCAGUUGCUGAUAGAGAAGUAUGUCUGUGCUUCAACCAGCUAUGAGCAAUGUUUUUUUCUCCUGACAUCCAACUCUCAAAUUGAGAAUUAAAAAUUAGAAAAGUUGUGCUUAACAUAUUGAAUAGUAGGAGUAAAACAAUUACAGUGAAAGUACUAUAUCUGUGUUAAUAAAAUGAAAACUUAAAUCAUUUCACGCCUCUACUUGUCUAGCUAGAAGCAUGCAUAUUGCCAUGAUAAGAAAUACCAUGCAGUGCAUUCCCUUAAGUUCAGACACACUAAGGCAUUCCUAGGUUUAAAAAGUAAAAAUUCUCAUCUUAACCCUGUCUUUUGGGGAUGUAAAAUACGUAUAUAGAAGGAAAAAAAAUAGGAAUAACUGAAGGACUGUACAUCCUUAUUGGGUUUGUUACAUUACUACUUCUUGUUUUUCCUACCUAUUUGGUGUGUUUGUCUGUUGUCUCUUUCAUACUUUGCUUGCAGACACCUGGGAAUCAAGGACUUUUGUUCUGUUAGGCCUUGGAACAACAGAAUCCUGGCCCCCAGUCUUCACUUCUAGGUACUAAAUCAGUACAAAACAUGAUAAUGGUUAAAAUACUGCUAGGUCCUCUCCUUUUUAUUCACGUCUUCAGAGCUGUUGUAAUUUGAGAAAUGUUGCUAAGGGAAACUAGUAUCAAAUGCAACCUUACAGAAUCUUUUGAAAUAAAUUAUUUUGUGAGAAGUUCAUCUAAUUUCAUUCUUCCCACAUCAUUUUUGCAACAUAAACUUGAGGGUUUUGCUCUUUCUCAUUAUACAUCUCUUCCAUCUUCCUACCUAUGAAGCAAAGCUCUUUGCCAAAGUCUGCCGGGAAGACAGUGUGCACAUGCUUUUAACUGGAGAUUUAAAUCCUUUAUCAGACUUCUGCCACGUUUACUGCAGUGUAAAGCAAAUCUCCAGUAGCAACAUCUCAGCUGUAUAACCUGAGUGUACCAAGUGUACCAUAGAGCUCUCAGAUUAUGCCGCAUCUCCAGCUAGAGUAAGAACUGAACAUAGACCAAACCAUUCUGUUCCCUGUUACCACCUUCUUUCUGCAGAAAGGAAAUUGUGCCAAAGGAGAAGCAUGGUAUAUUCCAGUAAUGCUCAUGUAAUGUACACCAACAAGUCACUUUACAUAUAACUUGUGUAGGAUGGAAAUGCAGGAAUCCUACCUCCAUGUGGCAGACAGAAUUCUUCUCUUUCUGGGAAAGUUAACUGCCAGUGUAGCUGCUGAGGCAGUAAGCCCAGCUUACAGGGAAAAUGGAAGUAUGACGAAAAGCUCUUCUAUGUCUGUUAUAGGCAUUAAAGUGACUUUUUCUCUUGCAUAAAAGAAAGUGUGGAUGAAUGGAACCAAACCUAGAGUAUAAUCCAAAAUUCAGUGAAGUCACUGAACUCACACUGUUUGUGUCAUUAUUCAUAACAUUCUUUGUUUUCCCCAUCCCUGUUCACUGCUAUGCAUAUACUAUUUCAAGGCUUCUUACGAAUGCACAGGCAUGGUACCAAAUAUUGCAAAUCACAUUAGAGUUUGGAUAACCUCUGAAGGAUGAAUAAAGUAAGUCCUGAGAAAGAAGCUGUAAAAGUGUUGUAAGAAAAAUGACUCAUAUUUCCUAUCUGUCUAAAAUGUUCAUUUAUCCCAAUAAAUGGUAAUUCUUUCAAGACAAAGUGGGUACACUUCUAAAUGCCUGGGAGAUAAGCUCUGCAAACUUUUAUGGCUUUAUAAAAUACAUGUCUUUGUGCACUAUGAUGGAUAAGUAUAGCAGGGUGGAUGGAUAGAGCACGGAUGUGUUAAAUCUCAAAUUUUCUUUAUUUCUUAUUUUUUUUUAAUCUUUAAUACCU